AUGCCUGAAAUUGCGAGUGCCCCGGCGCCAGUUGGCUCUGCCAUCUUCUCCAUCAUCGCCCUCCUCCUAGUAUCGCUCGGUGUGCUGCUCAUACUGCGCCACUACCUCCCGCUUCGAACCACGCCGGCCUUCUACCUCGUCCCUAUAUUCUUCGCCCUGUGGCUUCCGUCGGUGCUCGUCUUGCUGGUUCCUAUAGACCUUGCUUCAAGCGCCAUAACCGACGAUGUAGCUUCGAGGGGGAUCUGGCUGCCCCAGCGGGUAGUCUUGGUCCUAUGGCGAAUCACAUAUUGGUUGACAUUCUGCUUGACAUGGUUCCUCCUCCCCAUCCUUGCCGAGUACUCCGACACUGGAUAUCGCGAGCCCUGGGACAAGUUCAUGUACUCGCUCCGUGCCAACGCUCAGUUCUAUGCGAUGGUCUUGGGAGCUGCCGUUGUCGGACUGGUAUACAUCUUCGUCUCCUACGAGUUCUCCUUUACAGCUCUAAAGGCUCUCAUUAUGGCUCUAGCCUACUGCUGGGGUCUGAUACUUGCCAUUUACCUGAUGGGUCACGGUCUAGUCUCCAUACCAAGGCAGCUGCUUCGAAGCGGAAGUAUCAGCGGCAAAUUACAGAGUUUGCAGAUCAAGGCACCCAGAGUAUAUGAGAAGAUGGAGGACUCUUUAACGGGAGUCGAGGAGAUUGAACAGCAGAUUGCGGAGCUCAGUCGAAGGAAAACGGGAAGCGCUGCGGCCUUCCAAGAUUGGAUCGAGGAGCUUCAGGAGAUGGCCAGCAUCCCGGAAUCGCAGCCCCGAUCGACACUUCUGGAUCCAACAAUAAACACCCAAGCUGUUCCACAUGUCAUCACCGAAAAAUACUUGGCCGACUUGACUCGGAAGUAUGUGCGAGCACGUCACUCACGAUCUCGAUAUGUUGGAGAGUGGACUCGACUGGUGCAGUCAGCAGCCAAGCUUCAGAUGAUUUUGGAUUCGGUGGCUUCCAAGAAACUUGACUUUGGCAGCGCCUCUCCCCACGCUGGAUUUUGGGACAGAGUGAAGAUACUGACUCCAUACUCUCGAUAUAUCUGCUACUUCUACGUCUUUCCCUACAUGCGGAUGGCCUUUGGUGCCGUUUUGGCAUUUGCAUCAGCCUGCAUUAUCUGGUCGGAAAUCGUCAAGUUUCCCUUUCCUAAGCUGUCCAUUAUCCGCGUCAGUGUUGUCCACCACUGGGUUGGCGACAAAGCCCAGGUCGGAUUCGCAGGGCAAGUCAUCUCGGCAUUCUGGAUUUGCUACAUGUGCAUUGCCGCUCUUUCAUCAAUGACCGAAGUCAAAGUGUGGCGCGGACGAGCUCUCGUGAGAAGAAAUACCGGCCACGAGGCGGCAUUCUGGUACGCGAUGCAAGUAGCGAAGCUCAGUGUACCACUCUCAUACAAUUUCCUCACGUUUUUGUCGAGCGAGGUCUACGAAAAGACCAUCUUUUACAACUUUCUCGGAAAAUACGUUGAUGUAACCCCCUUGGGUCAAUGGUUCGACAACUUUUUCCCCAUUGCCCUCGUCAUUCCUGUUUUCGCUGCCCUUUUUGGCGUGUACGGAAGGGUCAAGCGCAUAUUUACCGGAGUGGACAUUAUCGACGAAGAAGAUGACAAUCCAUCAGGCUACGGCACUGGCUCUUGGCGCGAAGGCCGUGAUCUCAUCGCCAGAGAGCUGGGAGGGAACUCGACCCCGCGACGCAGCGGUACUGCAGCCAACGGGGCCUCAGGCCGAGCAGCCCCGAUUCUAUCCAUUCCUGCCAUCCAAGAUUCGGUCGCUUCCCCAUCACGGUCGCCAGCCCGUUCUCCAGUCGGCAACAAUCGUCGAGCCGGCCAAUCCACACGCCCUCGCUUCACGGAUGAGCCACCUGAGGAUGACAACAUCUUUGCGAUUCUCGGACAUCGUCUUGGCGGAAAAAACUUUCUUAACCUCUUCUUAGAGUUCUAG